AUGGAAAGAAGCUAUCGUUGUGAUAAGGAUGGACUGAGUAAAGGAGCUUGGACUGCUCUUGAAGACCAGAUUCUCAUAGAUUACGUCAAAGACCACGGCGAAGGGAGAUGGGGGAAACUGUCAAGGGAAACAGGUCUAAAGAGAUGUGGGAAGAGUUGUCGACUUCGCUGGUUGAAUUACCUGAGGCCUGAGAUCAAGAGAGGGAACAUUACAGAAGAUGAAGAAGACCUCAUCAUCAGGCUCCACAAACUCUUAGGCAACAGAUGGACAUUGAUAGCUGGAAGGCUUCCAGGCCGAACAGACAAUGAGAUCAAGAACUACUGGAACUCUGUUUUAAGGAAAAAGGCACAAGAAAGCAACUCAGAAAGGUCUAGAAAUGAGUGGAAAAUGACCAAGGACACCGAAAAAGCUGUCCCAUCUUUAAAAAUGGACUCAAACUUCAUCCAAAAUGGACUCACACCAACAAGCUGCACCAAUAAUGAACAGCUUGGCACUACCAAUACAUUAGCAGAACCAUUUAUCUCUGGAGUUGAAGCAACGAAUAUGGAAGUAAAAUCAGAUUCCAGCAAUGGAUUCUUACCAAUCACUAGAGAGAACGAUAUGACGUGGAACUUCAUAAGGGAUCUUAAUGCAGGCGAACUUGGCAUAUCUGAAUUUCUACAUACUGACUUCUCCAAACUUUGUGAGUUGAAUACCACGAUUUUUGAUUGCACAAGUGGGUGCAGAAACGGGUCAUUAAUGUCAACCUCAACUGCUGAAGCUCCUUCGAACUUGCAGGAGUGGUUAAAUGAUUGGGCAGCAGACGACAAUUGUCUUCCUGAAGCAGCAUUUGGUCCUUGA